AUGUUGCUAAGACUGAUAGCAUUUAUUUCCUUCUUUGCAGUAGCUUGCUCUAAACCGAAUUCUAGCACAUUUAAAGCUUACCCUAAAGCCUCAUCAUGAAUGGGGAGCUCACUUAAUAUUAUUGGAGGUAAAACUCUAAAACAAUUAACUCUCCCAGGUACCCACGACAGUGGUGCAUUCUGACUUAGCGACACUCCACUACCCGGAGCAGACUAUGCGUGCCACAAUGCAUUUGAAAUUAUAUCAAAAGAAACUGAGCAACCCAUGGUCACAGUUAUGAAACCCUGGGAGCUCGCCCAAGAUCAAAAUAUUUAUAACCAGCUAGUCGGAGGUAUCCGCUAUAUUGACUUAAGAGCUGGCUACUAUAACGUGACCAACACCUGGGUAACUUUCCACUAUUUAAUAGGCUCUCCAAUUAUAGAAAUCUUGCAAAAUAUCUCACAAUUUUUAAACGACUAUCCUACUGAAAUAGUAAUUAUUGAGAUUUCUCAUUUUGACGGAUACCCUACAGCCCAAAACAUAGCAGAUCUCCAACAAAUGACAUUAAAUAUCUUAGGCAAGUUUAUUUAUCCAGUUGAUCUUGCAUUUAAUUUUACUAUUAAUGAUAUGAUAAACAGUGGGAAAAGAGCUAUUGUUACUAUGGAAUCUGGGUAUGGCAAUGUGAUUUGGCCUGGGGACUCGAUUUAUAAUACAUAUGCUGACAGCCCAGUUGUGAAGACUAUGAUUAAUUUUAAUACACAAACUGUAGCCCAGUAUAUGAAUAUGACUUUGCCUUAUCAGAUUUUUAAAAUUUCCUGGACACUUACUCCAAAUGAUCAGACUGUAAUAGGAACUGUGAAACCAAAAAACCCUCACACUUUAAUUGAGCUAGCUGAUAUUGCGAAUCCAUAUCUGCCUGAUUUUGUUAAUGAAAUGAUGGCUAAACGUUAUCAAAUUGGGAAUAUUUUAAUUAUUGAUCAUUUUGAAAGUAGUGCAAUUAUGAAUGUGACGUAUCUGAUGAAUGGGAUUUCUUAA